GUUUUUUCCAGACUAUUCUGCCAUUCUGAGCUUUGUAAUUUGUAGCGCGUUUCCUCCAGUUCCAUAGUAGCGUUAGAGCGGUUUGCAUUUGUGGUCUAGAAAGUUCUUCGAGUUGCGAUAAUAGCAUUAAUUUUCCCGCAAUUUUCUUGAGCAUCUAAAACUAGAUCGUAUAUUUUACCAUGAGUGCUGAAGUUGAAAAAAUGGAAAGUCAGGAAACGUAUACGCCUGGUCCAAAUGCUGUAGAUAUCUCUCCUAAUCAAGAUAAAGGCGUACUGAAAGAAAUAAUUACUCCUGGAGAAGGUGAUGAAACACCUUGCAAAGGAAACAAAGUCUCUGUACAUUACACUGGAAGAUUACUGGAUGGAACUAAAUUUGAUUCUAGUGUUGAUAGGGGAGAACAAUUUGAAUUUACUCUUGGAAAAGGAGAAGUUAUCAAAGCAUGGGAUAUAGGUGUUGCCACUAUGAAGAAAGGAGAAAAGUGUAUCUUAUAUUGUCAUCCUGAUUAUGCCUACGGUAGUAAAGGAAGUCCUCCAAAAAUUCCUGAAAAUGCAACUUUAGUAUUUGAAGUUGAGUUAUUCAAAUGGCAGAUGGAAGAUAUCAGUUCUGAUAAAGACAAUGGAAUUUUAAGAUCCAUUAUUACUAAUGGAGAAGGCGUUCUUACUCCUGGAGAAGGGUCGAAUGUUGAAGUUCAUCUUGUUGGAAAUUAUAAUGGUAAACAAUUUGAAGAACGAGAUAUUAAGUUUGAAUUGGGUGAAGGAUGUGAAGUUGGCAUUGUUGAAGGAAUUGAAAUAGCUUUAAAGAAAUUCAAAAAAGGUGAAAAAUCAAAAAUUAUUUUGGCUCCCAAAUAUGCUUGGGGCUCUACUGGGAAUUCAGACUUUGAUAUACCACCUAAUGCUACAGUAGAAUAUGAAGUCACUCUGAAAUCAUUUGAAAAGGAAAAGGAAAGUUGGAAUAUGACAAUAGAAGAAAGGCUUGAACACGCUUUAAUAUCCAAAAAUAAAGGAACAAAGUAUUUCCAUAGCAACAAAUUUGAAAUGGCAUUGAAACAAUAUCAAAAAAUUCUUUCCUACCUCCAAUAUGACUCUGAAGCUGAAGGAGAAAAUAAAGCAAAGAAAGAUGCUCUUCUAUGUGCAGGACAUUUAAAUAUUGCUGCCUGUUACUUAAAUUUAGAAAAAUUUGGAGAUGUUAUUGAACAUGCUGAAAAGGCAAUAGAAAUAGAGCCUAAGAAUCCGAAAGGUCAUUUCAGAAGAGGAAAGGCUUAUAUAGCUUUACAAGAAUUUGAGAAAGCUAAAGAGAACUUCAUGCGUGUUUUGGAAUAUGAUCCAUCUAAUACUGCAGCCAAGAAAAUUAUUGCUGUGUGCAAUGCAAAUCUAAAGAAGCAACUUGAAAAGGAAAAGAAGAUGUACCAAAAUAUAUUUAAAAAGAUGGCAGAAGAAAGGGAAAAGGAAACUGCAGCUCCUUCAUCAUCAGAAAAUCAAAAUAAUGAUGUGAAUGAAAAAAUGGAGACAGAUGAUGAAAAGCAAGCUGCACAAGAAACUGUCUCAGUUUGAAAUUUUCUAGCUAAAUCAACUAUGUGUUUCAGCAUCUAUCAUACUAACCAUUUCCAUGUUAUAUGUAUAUUUGUCGUAAAGCUGGCUUUAUUACAUUAAACAUAGAAUAAAGUUUUGUGUACUCAUAAAUGACCACAAAAAAGAAAAAUAUGUUUUCAGUUGCUUUA